AUGUAUGGCCAGCGCAAGGGCAUUCAGAUGAGCAACAUCCUCGGCGACCCCUUCGCCUUGGCCACGCUCUCCAUUAGCACGCUCGCCUGGUUUAUCACCUUUGUCUCUUGUAUUAUUGGACGGAUACAACAAAAUAGCGAUGCGGACCUUGCAAAGAACGACCCUUUCCCAACUUUCGUGUGGUGGAGCUGUAUCUACUGUCUAUGCCUCAUUGUUGGCGUCUUCGUCGUCAUUGGAAGCGAUGCAGUUCACACCUACCACGUUGCUGUGACUGGCUAUCUCGCAGCCGGAAUUGUCCUUGUUUCAUCCGGAAUUAACCAGCUCCUUUACUCUAACAGCGGCGCCCGUGAGGCUGCCUCUGCUGGCUUUAUUCUGCUGGCUAUGGUUAUUGUCAUUUGGACGUUUUACUUUGGAUCCAGUCCCUCUUCAACUCCUCGAGCUUUCCUUGACUCAUUCGCCCUCGCAAAAGAAUCCACUACGAUUCAUCGAUCUACUAUGAACGCCUACGGUGGCCGCCCUGAGACAUCCAACUCGGUCCAGCCCCCUCAGAUGUACACUUCUGCUCAGCUUAAUGGUUUUGAGAACCCAUCGCCUGUGGGAGGUAUCUCGCAAGUCGGAGGAGCACGCGGAUCAGCAGUUCCCCAAAGCUUCACCAACUCAGUCAUGCAACAACAACCACCGCAAGCCAAGCCAAACAACUCUCCCGGCAACGACACCGAGGUCGUGCCACCCACUGAAUAUCCCUAUAGGGCAAAGGCCAUCUACAGCUACGAGGCCAACCCGGAUGACGCCAAUGAAAUUUCAUUCUCCAAGCACGAGAUCCUUGAAGUGUCGGAUGUUAGCGGAAGGUGGUGGCAAGCGCGCAAAGAGAGCGGCGAGACGGGUAUUGCGCCCAGCAACUACCUCAUCCUGUUAUGA